AUGGCUCUCCUUCUUGCACCCCUUCUGCUGUGCAGCUGCAUUCCUGUAGUAGCAGCAUUGACCUUUGCAGUCCCUUCUACACCUCCAUCCAAUGCGAGUGGACAGCUCUCGGCUGCACCCGUCGGUGUCUCUCUCGAGUUUUUUACAUUUCCGGGUUACAUGAACGAUGUCGCCGCGACGCCUACCUGUCUGCAAAACUUCAAGGAUCUCACUGGUGCAUGGCCUCCGUUGCGAAUUGGCGGGACCACUCAAGAUCGAGCAACGUACGAUGCUUCUUCAACCAAUGCAGUCACCUACACCGUCGCUUCUUCCGGUGAUGCCCCGACAAGUCUCACGUUUGGACCAUCUUUCGUCUCUCUGGCUGCCAGCUACGGAGGUGACGUGAUUCUUGGUCUGAAUCGGCGACUAGACAAUCUCUCAAACACUAUUGCUGCGGCGACUCUGGCGAAGAACAAAAUGAAUAACCUGAAUGCUAUUGAGCUAGGCAAUGAACCUAAUUUCUUCUCAAGCAGUGACCCCAUUGCCAACUCGCAGUCCUGGACGGCCGCGGCUGACUAUUCGUCGGAGGUGAGCUGGCAGGAUGCAGUGUGUGGCAAUUUGUCGGUCUCUAACAUCAUAUCUGCUGGCGUCUUCUUUGGCACUUCUCCCAUGAGUAUCGCUGGUCUGGCAGCCGCCGAGGGAGAAGCCAACACUUACGUCAAAGAUUACUGCUCGCACAACUACCCGCAGUCAGCCAGCACUGCCAACCUGGCCAGCCUCAUGAGCCACAGCGCCAUUACCUCGCAGAUCAAGCCCUUCGCAGCUGAAGUUUCCGCCGCAGCUGCGAAAGGAAAACCACACAUUUUUGGCGAGACGAACUCCGCUACGCAAGGAGGCGGUGGCAUCAGCCCGACCUUUGGCGCCGCGCUUUGGAUCCUGGACUAUGUGAUGCAGACAAUUCUCAUGGGCACCGAGGCCCUUUAUUUCCAUCAAGGUACGAUCGGCAACUGCCAAUACUGCUGGUGGGGACGCUACGACAUGGGAUCCCCCUACUACGGCGCCUACUUUGCAACCAUGGCGCUGGCCAACGCAGAUCAAAUCGCUCCUCUCGAUGAUCAGACAACCGCGUACGCCGCCUACGCUAUAUACAAGGAUGGAGCUCCCGUCCGUGUCCUCCUCUACAAUUCCGACUAUUACACGAGCGGCACUCGGUCGGCACAGACAUACACCUUGACCGGCUUGCCCUCCUCUCGUGUAACGGCUAAGCGACUGACAGCCCCGUAUGCCACAUCUCGUGUGGAUCGGGGACAGAAUCCCACUGUCGGGGGGCAGACAUUUGCCAACGGAACGUGUGCGAUACAGGGGACAGCUGUGAUGGAGACUACUACCGUCAGCUCGGGGAAGGCGACGUUUACCCUUGGGGCGUCGGAGGCAUUAUUGGUCUAUCUGUAG